AUGUUACUCUCGCCACAGAAGUAUGUGUUGGUGUGCUUCGUUAUUUUUACUGCACUUUCGAUUUCAACACGGCAACAAUCACGCACCGAUUGCCAGUCCAGUACUUGUGGAACCGUCAGAAUAGAGCAACCAUUUGCGACCUCUUCUGAUUGUGUCCACGAAGGAAAGUUUCUCCUAAGAUGUGAUGAGAAGGAGAAAAAGUUGUUUUUGAACAGCUCAAACUUAGAAGUGCUAAGCAUCUCCUUCGACGACGGAGAAGUAGAGGUACUUAUGAACGUUAUUUCCAUAUGCAACCACAAGGAAGCAGAUGGUGGAAAUAAAGACAGAUCUAUAGAUAAUGCUGGUUUUGUGUUCUCGAACAAGAACCAACUAUUUCUAGUUGGUUGUGAUUUUUAUAUUAAUUACUAUUCCACGUCGAGGGUUGACGGAACCACUUCAUUUACGUGUGAUACACAUUGCGAUUCUUUACCACCAAGAGAUAAAUCAUGCUCUGGUUAUAAUGGUUGCUGCCGUACUCCAGUCUUUAAUCUACAAAGCAAGAUAACGGUAAGUCGAGGGAACUAUAUUGGUUGGUCGUCCUCGGAUCCUUGCAAAUAUGUUUUUAUGGUCAAAGAUGGAUACUUCAACUUUUCUGCCUCGGAGGAUCUUAAAAACCUCCGCAACAUUACAAGGUUUCCUGUGAUACUUGAUUGGAUCGUGAGGGGAACAUGCGAAGAGACUGAAAACACAAACUUAUGUGGAGAGAAUAGCAAAUGCACCACAAUUGCUAAUCUUACUGAUUGUUAUGGAUACGGGAUGAGUGCCAACCAAAUGUUAAAUCUUGCGGGGAGGAUCAAACCUGCAAGAAAGUUGAUGGAGUCUUCCGUAAUCGUCAUCGGAUGCUUGGUCUUCGUGGUGGGAGUGUGUUGCAUUCUCCUCAAACUAAUUUUCCGUCAAGUAGCCAAACUCAAAGAGAGGCGCUUUGAGUCAAAUGGUGGAGUGUUGUUGGCCCAAAGACUCCUAGAGUCACCGAAUCAGUGCAUCAAGAUAUUCAGCGAGGACGAGAUCAUGAAAGCCACCCACGAGGCCAGUUUCCUUGGUCGAGGGGGCCAGGGAGUGGUAUUCAGAGCCACGCUUCCAGACAACGUUGAGGUCGCCAUCAAAAGAUCUCGAAACUGGGACCCUGACCAAGCUGGUCAGUUCGUCAACGAGAUCAUACUGCUUUCCCAAAUCAGCCACCCUAACGUGGUUCGACUCUUGGGUUGCUGCCUCGAAACCCCAAGUCCCCUCCUCGUCUACGAAUACGUUCCUGGCGGUACCCUUCAUGACACCUUAUUCGGUUCAUCCUCUCUAGCUUGGCCUGACCGGUUGCGAAUUGCGUCAGAAAUCGCCGAGACUUUAUCAUACCUCCACUUCUCUGGUCCUGUCCCAAUAGUCCACCGCGACAUCAAACCCGAAAAUAUUCUUUUAACUGAGACCUUGUCUGUGAAGCUAUGUGAUUUUGGGGCCUCUAGGCAGGUUCCCAACAACACAGGCCAGCUCACGACCCUUGUUCAGGACGCGGCGUUCAAAGAAAAUCGCCUAAGUGAGGUGAUGGAUCAGAGGGUGGUGACUGCUGAUAAUCAGGCAGUGAUCCACCAAGUAGCUCUUCUAGGGAUGAGCUGCACCAAAAUGUGUGGAGUUGAACGGCCAGACAUGAGGAGAGUGGCUGAAGAUCUUCGAGGUUUACAAGCUUCAAGGCAAGUCGUGCAACAUGAGGCGGGUCCAUCUGGAACCGCUUUUGAGAUCGAGGAGAUCGAGUAG